CUGUAAUUGAGCUGUACGAUCAUUCGUCGCUCUCUUGUUCUAGACGUCGCAUCGCAUCACAAAUCCCGUAGUCCGCGUAAACUGUAAAUCAAAAAACAUAACACGACAUAUAAUAAUAUUAUUAUAGGCUUACACUUAUCUAUUAUUAACGACUGUAGCGCCACGAAAAACCGCCAUGCACGAAAUUAUAUCGUUUAUAAGCGCAAUGGUGUUGUUCGUAAUUAUUUUAUGGACAUCGUCGUUCAAGUUUUGCAUGUGCAGCAACGACAACAAGAAUAAUGAUACCGCGGUGGCGGCAGAUUGCGAUUUUACCGAAAGGUUCGUACACAGGUCCUUUUUUUAUUUUUAUUAUUAUUAUUUUUUUUAGAGAAUAAUUAUACUAUAAACAAUAACCUGAACUACCUAAGAUAGUUAAUAUUGUGUAUUGUGUAUCUGUAUAAUAUUAUAAUAAAGUUACGACGAGAUCGUCACGGUCAGCGUCCAAGAACCGGUGUACGUGAUAACGUAUAAAUGGUGUUUGGAUAUUCCGCCCAGGUGCCCGGAUAACAAACAAGACUAUAGAACCGUGCACAAAAACAUUGUAAAUAUAAUAAUCAUUUAUAGCAUUUAUAAUCAAUUAUAUAAUAAUUAAAGGCGGACAAAAGAUCGUUUCAUCAUUUUAUUGUAGGCGUCUAUCGAAUUUCCUGUUUUUUUUUUUCUUUUCAUUCCAGACUAUACCCAAAACCCGCACGGUGAAGAGAUGCUGCAAAAAUCAAAUUCAACUGUACGAAAACUGCGUUGAAUAUUGUACCGAAGAUCAAUGUCCGAAUAUACAAUGUACGCCAGGUACGGAUAUGUGCAAAUGCAAGUCCGGGUUUAAAGGUCAUUUGUGUAGACAAAGUAAGUAUAGUAUAGAUGGCUGCUCGAAAUAUUUUGCUUGAAUUAUUGUUCAAAAAAUAAUAAUAACAAUACGAAUAAAAUCACUGUCCAAACGAAAUUCCGUAGCCAAUACAGAUAUCUAUGUUACUCAUUAUAGAUUAUAGAUAGCGUAGCGAUUGGUUUUUACUGUGAUAUGUGUUUUUUUAUUUUUAUUAAUAUGUUUCGUGUGCGUAAGUAACUUUGCUACUAGAAAGUUUGCAUCGGAGUAUCAUAUGUAACAUUUUUUCUGAAAGGUAGUUUUAUCAAGUUGGAACAUUGAGUAAAUCGUUAUUUUUAUAUUCUAGGGGCUUUUAAAAAUAAUUUGGAAAACCCCAAAUAAAAUUAUAGGUAAAGGUUGACGUGAGGUACAUUUUAAGUCGUGGUGCAGUGGUACAUUAUAAUUAGUGGCAAAAAAAAUAAUCGAAUGUUAUAUUAGUAUAUAUAUAUAUAUAGUAUAGGUAUACGUAAAUAUUUAAAACAUGUAUAAUCAAACUUCGCUCCAGUUCAUUUUUCGUUAAUAAUGGGUUUGUUGUCACGUACGUAGCUGUAAAUUAAAUAACUUCGUAUGUAUUCUACCUCCUCAACUAGGUACCCUCAUACAACAGUGACCAGUAUCAGAUUUUUUAUCAUUAUAUCCGUAUAGGCUUAAGAAUAUAGCAAAAUUUAAUCUAUUGAAAAUAUGAAGUAUAAUUUUUGCAGAUGAGCUUUUUUUUUGUUUUGUUUUUUAGAUUCUGAACAAAGCGAGGAAUGUAUAGGUUUUACAAUUUUAUUUUAUUUUUUUUUUGUACCUAUGAGCAAAUUGUUUACCCUAAAUCUUGGUCCAACCAAAACGUAACAGGAGACCUUUUUUUGUUGCAUUUUGAUUUUAGAUGGUGCAUUGAGGAAGUUAAUUUUUGAAAUUGUCAUUAAUAUUCGAGAUAAUGAAGACCAACUGGUUAAUUAGAUUGAAAAAGAUGAAAAAAUUAAAAAUGAGGUUGUCAUUGAUAACUGUUUUUAUUUAUUUUUUGUUUUUUUUUUUUAUUUUAAUAAUUUUUUAAACAAUCGCUGUUGUGAAAACGCACAUUGUCUUAAAAGCAAUAUUAUUCUCUAAAUUUUUUUCCAUACUAGGUACAAAAACUACCAGAAAUCUUACUUCGUUUUUAGGUAUAACACCUUUUUUGAAAGAAAAUGUUUAUGGUAAUUUUAUAAAUUUCCAAGAGGUUUUCAUAUUAAAUGUGAAAAACGGGAAAAAAUGUAAGAAAAAUCACGCUUUAAAUAUUUUCAAUUUUGUUUUUUUGUUGUACCACAGUUUAAAAUGUUUUGAAAUUUAAACAAAAACGAUUAAUCGUUGCAUACCAAAUUAGAUUAAAUUCUCCUCUAUAUCCUACUUUCCCAAUUUCUCUCCUGCUACGGUGGCCCACCCAUAGUGCAAAGUAUGUCCGUUUUUUUUAGAUAUUUGUUUGUAACUAUAAUAUGUAUAAUAUAAUAUUAGAUUCUGAAAUUAAUUGUUUAGAACAUCGAACAUUUAAAACAAAUCAUAUAUCAGAAAUAACAAUAUUUUAGUUUUAAAUACCUAGCAGCGUAGCAGUGGUAAAUACAUAUUUCCCCCUCUUUAUGUAGCACUCAUCUGUAAUUAAAAAAAAACAAAACAAAUAUAAUAACUUAACAUUUAGAAAUAAUUGCUCUAUACGUAUUUGUUUACCUAAUAAUUCAAUGAUUACACCGAAACAAUUUUUCUUUUGUUAAAUUUGUUUUUUAUUUUAAUCGUAAAAAUAAUUAUACUUAAAAAAAUGUUAUAAUUAAUACAUGCUAUAGUUCAUCUAUCUUCUAUAUGCAUAACUUUACUUACAGCAGUGACGACUGUUGUUUUAACAGAAUAUUACGCAAUAUCAUAUUGCAUACAUUGUAAGCAAUGUAAUAAAUUUCGAUCUCUUGACAAAGUUGUGAUAAAAAAAAGUUAAAAGGAAAUUAAUUUUAAAUAGAUGAUUAAAACGGUGAAUAAUUUAUUAUAAUCUUAAUAUUAAAUAAUAUGAUUUUUCUUUGAAAUGUUAAUGUAAACAGUUGUGAGAAGUGAACAAAAACCACUCUCCUUAGUAUUUAAUGUAGUAUUUAUUGUUUAGCUAGACAGGUACAUUAUUGUAAUAUUAUAUUACACGAGGCAAUUAUUUGUUAAUGGAGUAUAUUAAAUGGAAAAUAUUUGUAGUUUAUUGAUAAAUGUUUGGCAUGUUAAGUAUGCAAUCAAAAUGGGGACUUACUCAUUCAUUAUCAUGCGGAGAUGAAAAUUAAUUUUCAAAAUUAUCGACACAAAUAUAGUAUCUAUUCGUAAACAUAUAUCAGUAAUAUAAGAACCAUUAAAUGAUAUUAAUUUACCUAUGUGUAUCUAAAUAAGUUGUAUUCGGUAUAUACCUAUAGUUUUUUGUUUUCUACAAAAUUAAUUUAGUUUUUUUUUAAGUUACAUUAAGUAGAUACCUAUAAAAUUUAAAUAAAACUGAUAUCAUAGUUGACUCGUAUAUAAAGUUUAUUGAUUAUUAUUUAUUAGAUAAAUGAAAAAAAAUAACAAUAAAUAAAUAAAUUAGUAUAGUACAAGUAUCAUAAUAUACAGGGUUUUUAUUAUUUACCAGCAAUUAUUUCUGAGUAUAUACCUAUUUAAGACAUAUAGAUAUAUGGAGUAGAGGUAAAAAAUUAAAAAUGGUUUUAAAAUAAAGAUUAAACGAUUCUAUAAUGAUAAGAAAACACAGAAAUCAAAUUUAUUUAAAAUUCUCCGAGAUAAUUGCUUGUAAAUAAUAAAAAAAUCACCCUGUAUGUACACAAAAGUUUGAGUAUUAUAAGUAUUAUAAAUAUGAUACUUUUAUAAAAAAAAACCAGAAAUAAGUAAAUUAAAUAUAGAAAAGGUCUUGAACUUAUUUUAUUAACUUGCAUCCAUUAAAGGUUAUUAAAGUUAACUUUAUAAUUUUAUAAUCAAAUUAAAUUUCAAUACAAACAAUUUGUUUUAAAUUUUAUUAUAAUACAUGUUUAAUGUAAAACACUAUGAGUGACCCGUAUUGGCACCGAACCUAUAACCCAAUAGGGGCAGUCACCCCCUUUUUUCAGUGGGUGGUGAUCGGUUGGUCAUAACAAAGGGGCGACUAUUAAAAUUCACAGGGUAUAAGUUUAUGAAAGAAAAUAAUUUUAAUCUUGAUGAUUGAUAUAAACACAGUUAAAUACAUUUAGGUACUGUGAUAUAUUCAUUAUUAAAGUAGGUAUGUCUUAUUUACAUACAUAAUACUAAGAACAAUUUAUUCAUUAUAUCAAUUUAUUGCAAUUAGUAAUUUCGUUUAAAACAAGAGUCAUGAAUCUUAAACGUUUUUGAAGAACAGAGGGGGCAUUGGCCCCCCCUUGGUUCUCCCAUGGUUGGUGGGUACACAAACUAAUUUUGCCCUCCCAAAUUAAUUUAAAUUCGGCGCCACUGGUGACCAGUAUUAAAAUUUAGAUUUUUUCAUUAACUAUAUACGUAUCUGCAUACAGCAUAUGCAAUACAAUUAUUUGUGUAUUAAAUUGGCCGGUUUUGCAUAGAUACUUCUGAAUUAUGAUACAGGUGUUUCAUCAAAUGUGCUUUUUUUUUUUUCGGAAUUAUCGUUUUGAAAAAUCAACAGUUAAUUUAAAUUCGUGUAACAUAAUUUUUACAGCGUAAAUAACCGAUAUAAUUUUUUUCAGAAAUUGUUAAUAUUAUAUUUUUAUUGUUAAAAUAUUGAGUUGAGAGUAGUGUACUCAUGACAUACUCAUGACAAAAAAAAAACAGUCAUAAUUAAAAGUUACUUUGUUUCCAAAUUGCAUUGGUAUAAUAUUAUGUAUCCAGGUAAUUAUAAAAUAUCUACGUCAAUAAUUUCCCCAUACUGUCUGUGUUUUAUUAUAAUUCAUCGCUAUAAAUAAUUACAAACAAAUAAUUGGUCAACAUUUGUGUAAUUUAUUGUUGAGAAUGUUUAAAUAAUAAUAUUAAAAUAAGAUACUUAUAAAACAUCAUAAUGCUUCAAUUAUUAAUUCUAACCUAAUUAAUAUACUUAACAUAAUAUAUAGAUACGUAAUAAUAAUAAGUAAUAUUCAAAAACAAAAUUAUGGAGGUUUAUCUACUUUACAAUAAUAUUGAUUUUUCUCAUAAACGUAUUUUUAUAGAAUAAACUAAUUAAUAAAUAUACUAAGAAAGCUCUGAUCCAUAAGUUAAUAACUUUAAAAUGAUUCCGUGUAGAAACACUGGCAAGUAUAAGUGCAUUAAUCCGAUUAUAUUAUAUAUAUAUAAAAUUACUUACACAAACAUUGUAUUAAAAGCUUAAUAAAAGCUUUUGAUUGUUUUAAGCCCUUAUAUUAUAAUCAUAAGAAACAUUUUGUAAUUUCGCUUAUAAAAUUAUUAUUUUAUUCAGUAUUAUAGAAACUUACAUAAGACGACGACGUGUCGUGUUUAAUAUUAAUCAAAUUAUUAUGUUAUACCUUACAUAAUUUUUUCGUCCACGUGAAAAAGUUUCUAACAGUAGAUAAGUAUAAGUUGUAUGUAUUUAGUUUAUUUUACUUUUAUGAAUAAUCAAAAUCUGCGCUACUUUCACUUAAAUCCCAAACGCCUUUAUCGACUUAACUAAAUAAACCUCAUAAAUUACACUUUUUACGAACAUAAUUUUAAUUGAAUUUAUCAAGUAUAUAACUAAAACAUAAUACUAAUAAGUAAUAGGUAUACAUAAUAUAAUUUUAAAUUUGUGUUGGCAGUGCUGUAGAACAGCUAAUACGGAGGAAGUGGUAUCAUUGUUGACACAACGAAUUGUUAUUAAAAAAGAAAGAUUCCAUUAAAUUUCAGGAAUGUAAGCAUACGGAUUUUGAAUGGAUAGCAUCUCACGGACAUUAAUUUCAAGACUUGAGAUUUUCAACUUUUAGACGCUUAACGAAUAGCAUAUUAUAAUAUAGUUGCUGUUUUUUUAAAAAAAAAACUUGAAAAUGCAUUUCUUUACUUUCGAAAGAGCUUGGCAUUUAAUAUGUUCUUGUUUUCCUAAUAUGUUUUACCAACCAGUAACCGUGUGUGUUUAUCAAAACGAUUAUAUUUCAGGGUGUGACGUCGGCCAUUGGGGCGCUGGCUGUAAGAACGUUUGCCAUAGAGCAUGCUCUGAUUGCGACCACCGUACUGGGUGUUGUUACACAGCGAUCAGCGGAGGCCGUACUCCUAUCGUGGGACUGAAGUUCUGCGUCAAGAAACCUGCCGAAAUUGUUUCGAUCCCCACCGGACGACACGAGCCCGGCAAAACUGAAUCAAAAGGUAAUUCUUGGGUACAGAAACCGGUAAUAGAGCAGGUGACCCUGCAAGUAAAAUUGAACUCGACCGAAACAACGACACAGGGUCCACCGAAGAUGCCGGAGACCCGAUUUACGGAGAUGUCGGCGGAAGGGAUAUUAGUGGUGGAAGAACCUGCAGUGACAUCCAUCCAACAAACACCGAAGACACGUACUGACAGCGAUGGAUUCGUCGGCACGGUAACCACGAUGCAAGUGACCGUGUACAAGUACGACGAACUGGUAACGAAACUCAUUUGGAUAUCUGUCAUGACCGUGGUGUCCAUCGCCAUGGUGUUCGUAACCAUGUUCGUUAUUUUCUUCAAUUGUUACGGAGUGUCCAAAUUGGAUCACCACAAAUCUCGGAAUCAACGGAAUCUGACGUCUAUUUUGAAAAAUGAUGGUAAAAACGACAGUACUUAGAGUACUGUUUAUUUUUAAAAUGCCUUUUUUAAAAAUAUAUUUUUACCAAUCCCAAUAUGCAUAAUUAGAUGACCAAAGCAGAAAUCUGAUAUAUUUUAUUUGUAAGGUGAGGAGUUGAUAUUACAACAUUGUUUCUCGCCGAUUAGAUAACGGUUUCCGGUUUGAUUUUAUCGGUAACGAGAACAAUAAGAUGAUUAUAAAUUAGUGGCUAUACAAGUGGGUUUACAACAAAUCGAUGUGGAAGGAAGAAGAUGAAGAAAUAGAUCGUAAAGAAGAUAGUUGAAUAUGAUUGAAAGUGAAGAAAGAACUAUUGGCGUAUGCGUAUAUAAUGCGAGUUAGUGAGACCGUUUUAAGUUUGAGAUUUAGAAUCAAGUUGGUCGAUGCUAAAUAGUCGGGAAAAGAGACGGCGGAGAAACAAAAAAUUGUUGUAAUAUGAAUAUUUAAAUAACAUUUUACAUUAAAACACUUUUCAUAAUUUUGGACUCUAAAUAUGUUAGCUAAAAUCUAAUUUGUAUUACCUAGAUUUUCAAACGUGUUGGAUUUAUCGGUACAGGGGGGUUUAAAAAUUAAUAUUUUUAAUAUUCCGUUACCAUAUUCAAUGUCGUUUUUGAACUUAUAUUUUCACACUCAAAUUAUUAUUUAUUUAUUUAUUUACAGAUACAUAUAAACAAAACUUAAGUCACAUACCGCCAGAUAGAUAUACAAAGGCCCCAGUUUUACAUGCAUGUAAGCUAAUAUUUUUAAUUAUUUUUAAUAAAAUUAAAUUUGUUAAGGAAUUAUUUACAAUACAAUUACUCUACGAGACACUAUAAAUUAAUUAAAAUACUUAUAUUAUUAUAUAAAAUAACCUCAUGGUAAUUUUACUUUAUUUUCGUUUAAAUGUUAUUGCACAGAUAUUUAAAUUAAACAGUUCAUGAUUGUUUUAACAAGGUAGUUAAAAUUUUGUUGAAAAUGAUAUUCAUUAUUCGUUAUUUAUAUUUUAGUUAAUGGAUCCGUUUUCUAACACUUUACACUAUCUGUUCAAGAAUAUACAUAAAACUUUUCUGAUUUUUCAUUUCUGCGAUACUAAAUUAACAAAAAACAUACCAUCAGUGUUGUAGGUACGUAAAUUGCAAUGAAUAAAAUAAUUAUUCGACACUUUUGGUACAUUUUAAUUAUUUAAAAAGUUUCACAUUAGUUAAACAUGAUAGCUACCUAGAUCAAACAUUUUGUUAUUAUUCCUACUAUAAUAUAUGUGACAUGUGUAGAUAUAACUAUAGCUAAAUUGCAAUAGUAAAUCACAACAAAUAUAAUUUAUUUAUAUCAGAUUAAUUGUAUUCAAUAUCCAAUCAGUUUCAUUCUAUCAUUUGGCACAUUGUCGAAACGUGAAUAAUUUGAUAAAUAAUUUAUUUGAUAUUAUUUAAAUUAAUUUCUAGCUAAUAUCAAUACUGACUUUCCAAUUCACCCAGAGACAUUUUGUCCAGUUUUCUCAGCUCCUCAUUACACAGGUAAGAAUUAAAUUCAUAAUAAUUUAUAUAAUAUUUAUUUAUUGCUAAAUUUGCAAAUAUUAAAAUCUUCAUAAUAAUAUAAUAUAAGAAAAAUAGAAAAACUAUGAAACCUACCUAUAAAUUAAAAAAAAAAAAAAAACACAUUUUCAAAAAAAAGCAUGCUGGAAUUUAUAAAUCUAUUUGUCUGCUUAUGAAAAAAAUUGAGGAGGGGUGAUUUUCAGCCCUAGGACUGCUUAUAGUAAACUACUGUGUCCAAUGUUAAUUUUCUUUCAAAAAUAGUUCCUUUCUUAUAACUGUAAACGGAUGUUUCAUCAUCACAGUAUAUUUUAUAACAUGAUAAUUUUCUACGCUAACAAUAAUAGAUGACUCAAAGUCAAUUUAUUCUAUCGGAUAUAAUAAUAAAACUGUUGUUAAGUUAGAACCAUGAAGAUUAUAAAACUGAAGUUACGAAUCUGCCUCGUCAAAUUGAAAAUUAAAUUCGUAUAUUAUUCAGGGCCGGUAGCGUUAAGUGGUAUAAUAACUUACUAAUAAUAAUAUUUUUUUGAUUUUACGGAUAAUGGUAAGUAAAAUUGCGGGUAAAAUUGAAAUGCCAAUGUCAAAUAAUACAGACUUAUCAAAAAUAUAUACUUACACUAAUUCUGAAUUUAUGAAAUAAUAUAAUUUUUUUUCCCCUAAACCUCGGUGUGUAUAUUUAUUUAUACUUCCGUAUGUAUUAUAUAUUUGUAUAGUCAAUAUUCCUACUAUGAAAUAUUAUAUUUAUCACACACGAAAUAUACUUGAGUAAGAUUAAUACUGAAAUAUGACAAAUAUAGUGUGUACAAAUGUUUAGAUUUUAAACCCGUGUAAUUUAUUAUUAUUUGAUCUCGUAGAUGAAACUGUAGAUGACGAGCAUAAAGAAGAACUAUGUUAUAUAAUAUUAAAAUGUUAAAAUCGAUUAGAAGUAAAAUAAUCUGUCAUUUACGGUUAUGAUGGUUUAUAGCAGUUGUAUGUUUUACACUUGAACAUUGAGAAAUAAAAUUUAAAAUUAAACAGUGAUUAGGUACUUUACGAAAAUCAGACUUAUUUUUCUCCCUCAUUCAUACAAACAAUAAUUCGAAUGUCCAUAUAUUUUUGAAAACUCCAAAUUAUAGAACAUCACAUUAUAAUUAUAAUAAUGAGAGUAUUUUAUAUUCAUGUAUACUAAAGUAUAAUUUGAACUUCCAAUUUUUUUCAGUCUGUUCUCGGCUCAAUAAUUCGAGGGAAUAUUUCUUUGUUUAAACUUCUACAAAAAAAUAUCUCAAAAUUCGAUAAAAUUAUAUUAUUACAGCUAGAUAAAAUAAGUGUUUCCAAAAAUUGUUUUUUAUUUAAUUUGUUUUGAAAUUGAUAACAUCACUUAUAUCAAAACCGUAUGUCUCAGCCAAUAAGACAUGAGAAUAAAUUAGAGAUAAAUGUUGUUUUUAAAUAUUUUUGUACAAAAACUGUGUACUGUUGCAUUAUAACUAGCAUAAGUGGUUAUUUGUGGGAUGUGUAUAAAAAAAGUCAAUCACAAUUUAAAUUCAAAUAUCCUUAUAUCGUAACACUGAAUCGAUCGGGAUCCGUUUAAAGUAGAAUAAGGCUAAAAUCGCAAAUUUUAAUUACAUUACGAACAAUAAUUUUUCUCAUAUCAAUCAAGUGUACAACUUCGACUUGGUACCUCCAAGGCCAUUUGUAUACAGUUACAAUGAAUAAUUGCUUUAACUUAUUGAACAGAUGAAUAAUGUUAUAAACUAUAUAGAUUAUAGGUAGAUACAUAGUAAAAGUUCGAAUUGAAAAUAAUAAGUGUGGAUAUUACGAAAUACUUUUGUUUUACAGGACUUUUGUCCCCGGCCGAAAUAAUUUUAAUUUAAAAUUAAUUAAUUAAAAUGAAUGAUUUUAAAAACAAUAUACAAUAUAUUAGAUAGCCAAUAUGUAUGAAUAAUAAUUGUAAAUCGCACAAUAUAAUUUUAAUAAUAAGAAUAAGUCGAUAAAUAAACCGAUACUCGAUGUCGAAUUUAUUGGCACCUAUAGGUUUUUUUAAAACCGAUUUUUGAUCCGAUAUUUUGAGAGAAAAAUAUCUUUAACGGAAAUAUCAACUCGUGGUUUUUGAUUUCAAAUGUCUCAUUUCGGGUGUCAGUUUUAUAUCAAAAGCAUGCAUUGGAAUUUUGGAUAUUGGUAAAAAUUAUUAUCGGUCCAUCACUAAUUAAUAAUACAUUUUUAUUAUAUUUUUGAUAUGUAAUUUUUCAGGUGGUUCGGCAAUAUAUGAUUCCCCUCAACCGCUAUACGAAAUUCUGUGUUAAAUAUGAAAAAUAUAACAAUAGUUAAUUAAUUAGUCACAUAUAGUUGAAAAUAUUAAUAAUUCAAUAAACUAUUAAUCGUUAAUAUAUUAUAUCAUAACUAUCUUAUGAGACAAUAAAAUAUAACUACAUAUUAUUAUAUUUUUGUUUAAAUUUGUAUUAAUUCAAAUUUAAUAUUUAUUAUGCUUACCCAUAAUAAUUACUAUAUGCAUA